AUGCUUUAUGACAAAUUAGAACGUGACAUUAAUAUUAAUCUAAAUGGAAUUGGUGAUUCAAUAGGCAAUACAGCCCAGGAUGUAGGCGAUUCAUUAAAUAAUGCUGCAAAAUAUACUGGCAAUGCAAUACAGAAUGUUACCAAUACAGCUAUCGGGGGAAUAGAUAAACUUGCACAAGAAGCUAUCACAGCUGUACUAUCAGCCUUUGAUAAUUUUGUUCUUAAAGUACCUACCAAUGCCUAUUCUUCUCACUUUCAAUUCAUUAAAUUCGGUGACUUAAGAAAUGUAGUUACUUUUCAAAGUAAUAAAACAGCAUUACUAGAUUUCAACAAUUGA